AGCGCGGAGAGGGGCCACUUGUUGCUGAGCAGGAGCAGCAGAGCGACCGUCAGCUGACCGCGGAGCUCCGGUCCGUGUAUCCGCCCUUCCGCCCGCUGUCGCCGGUGAAGCCGCCGCUCCUCCCCCGCUGCAGGGUCCCCGCCGCCGCCGCCUCGGUUUCAGCUCUCAGGACUCCUGGUUUGAUGUCGGCCUCGGUCCCGUCUGCCCGGCCGUGUGGACAGUGUGUCAGUCUGGUGUGUGCGCUGCUCCUCGUGGCCUCCUCGCCGCUCCUCGCUGCAGGCAGGCUGGUGAACUGCACUCACCCCCUGGUGCCUGAACAUGGUGGUUUCCGCUGCGAUCCGUCUCCGUGCCGAGGCUUCCACCACAAGAGCUCCAUCCGGUUCUUCUGCGAGCCCGGGUACCGCGUCAGCAGCCGGGCGCCGGUGUCCAGCUGCCGCCACGGCCGCUGGCAGCCCCCCAUCCCGGCCUGCAUCCCCGUCAAAGGCCCCAACGUGAAGUCUGAGGACCGGGCGUACGACUCCAUGCCCAGCAUGGCCACCACGGCGGUGGGCGUGUCCAUCUUCCUGCUCACCACCACGGCCUGCCUGGUGGUCAAGUCCCGCCUCUACCCCUGUCAGUCGCACAGCAGCCGCCGCUCUUCGGACCAGCUGGACCUGAUGGUGGACGGGCUCCCCAUCUCCCUGCCGUCCUACGAGGAGGCGGUGUACGGCAGCUGGGGGCAGCGCCUCCCGCCCUGCUCCUCCCCGGGUCCCACGCAGCUCCUGUUGGCCCAGGAGGCCGCGGGCCGCCGCCACCAGCAGCCGGCGCCGGGCGGCCAGCCGGACGGCGGCGGCCGGCCCCCGCCGUCCGGACAGAGCCCCGACCAUCCCCCGCCCCCCUAUGAGGAGCUGCCGCCGCCCCACCGCAGGGACCGGGCGGGCGAGGUGUGCGCUCGGCCGCCGCACGGCGACAAGGACUCCUGAUGCCCGGGCGGCGGGGUUCGAACCCGACGACACACCUGCUCAGGCCGAGCUCUCAUCAGCUGAUCUGAACGGACCGACACUGCUGCACUUUACCAAACGGACGCUGCUGCCAGCAUCGGCACGGCCAGGGUCAUGGGGUCAGGGUCAGGGUCAGGGUUUAGGGUCAGGGUCAGGGUCAGGGUUUAGGGUCAGGGUCAGGGUCAGGGUUUAGGGUCAGGGUGGCUGUUUGAGCACUGAAGGACUUCAGAGGAAUCAUGAUUGUACAGAGUAUUGUGAAUGUUUGUGACAGUUUCCAUGUGUGGAGUGAUCGACACUCGACCCGAGGCUCCGGCCGCCAGCAGUCACAGGGUACAAGUGCCUCUGUGAGAGUGUGUGUGUGUGUGUGUGUGUGUGUGUGUGUGCGUGUGUGCGUGCGUGCGUGUGUGUGUGUGCGCGCGCUCCCCCUCAGUGACAGGCUGACUGUGUUUCAGGGGAACUGAGGCGCCAGCAGCGUUUCCAGGUUGGAAACGUAGAAUUUCAGAUCCACAGAAACGAGAAAACAAGCCUCAUCUGGAUCAGUGUGACAUCGUCCAGGCCCCCGGGCCCAACAGGUCCGAACGGGUCCGAACGGGUCCGAACGGGUCCGAACGGGUCCAAACGGGUCCGAACGGGUCCAAACGGAUCCAAACGGGUUCGAACGAGGCCGUCCUCGGCCAGACAUACCAGUCCAACACAAGCAGUCAUCUUGAUGAGUUUUGUGCACCUGACAGCAGAACCGAAACCCUGGCGGUGCUGCUGGGGUCAGAGGUCAGAGGUCGUUCCUCGUCGCAUUAGAGUAAGCGGUGUUUUCACUUUGCAGCAGCAUUGAGACUUUGAGAAAAUGCUUGAAACCAAACAGAGUGUAAACAGUGUGUCAUCCAGUGCGUGAAGUAUUUAUUAUUCAGUUGAACAGCGAUCAGAAUGAAUUUUUUGUGGAAAUGUUGAUUUGGGUCGCCGUGCGUCCUGCAGAGCGGCCGCCGCCUUCGAUGACCUUGAAUGUACCGAGUUUUAUUUAGUGGCUUCAGACCUGGAAUCUUUUAUGAAGUGUCACAUUUACCAGAUGAUUAUUUGUAUCUUGUAUUAUUGCACAGAAUUAUAUGAUGAAUAAAUGUUUUUUUUUUGUUUGA